AUGAAACAUAAACAAACGGCUUCUGGCGCCAAACAGGCGGCUCUUCCCUCGACAAUGCCGUCAGAUACUGAACCGACAUUCGAAAAUCCUGGGGAAUCUCAUUCCACUAAUUCCAAAAUCUUUCGGGCUGUGGCAGACGUCUUUCAAAAUGCGCAAUCCACUUAUGCGGGUCAUAGAAGACACAUAGCGGUUUUGAAACGGAUUCAAGCGAAAGCUGUCGAACAAGGAUAUGAGGAGGUGUUCAACUACUGGUUUGACAAGAUGGUUACUUUGGUGCUGCCUCUAAAAAGAACCGAGCCUGUAGGCGAUCGCAUUGUUCGACUCGUUGGAGGCUUCAUCUCCAGCAUCGAACAUGAGUUGGAGGCAACAGAUGACGAGUACGACCGUAAGGAACGGGAAGAAGUCUUUGCUCGAUUUGUGGACCAGUUUGUGAGACAUAUGUUACGCGGCAUCGAGUCGCGCGACAAAAAUGCCCGAUACAGAGUUACUCAGCUUUUGGCUGUCAUCAUGGAUAACAUCGGCGAAAUAGACGAAGAGCUUUACAAUCUCCUUAUGUGGUCACUUCAAAAGCGUGUGUACGACAAGGAAUCAUUUGUCAGAAUUCAGUCAAUUUUCUGCUUGACUAAGUUCCAAGAUGAUGAAAGCGUGUCAGAAGCAGUUGAUGAUGCGACCUCGAAGUUGAUGCACGCGAUUCAGAACGACCCAAGUGCGGAAGUACGACGGGCUGCUAUGCUCAACCUCGUUAACACACCUAAUACCAAAAAACUGAUUAUGGAGCGCGCCAGGGACGUAAACCCAAUCAACAGGCGACUUGUUUAUUCCCGUGUUUUACGAGGUAUGGGGUCAUCAGUCUUUGAGGAGCUGAACACCGAGUCGCUCGAUAAAUUGAUAAGUUGGGGGCUGGAAGAUCGCGAAGAAACAGUACGAGUUGCCUGCGCAAGGCUAGUGUCAUUUGACUGGCUCAAUCUAAUGGACGGGGAUAUUAUAAAAUUGCUAACAAGGCUAAAUGUCACAACAAGCAAAGUUUGUGAGAAAGCCAUGGAUGCUAUAUUCAAAUACAGAAACGAUACAGUCACCAAAAUCAAACUGCCAGAAAACGUCUGGGGAAACCUAACCGCAGAAACAUCGUUUUUGAUCAAAGCAUUUCACUUUCACUGCACCAAGAAUCAUCUCGACGACGUAAUAGACUCAAACUUCCCGGAAGCUUCAAAGCUUUCAGAAAUAAUACAGAAGUAUAUCGACUUGAGAUUUGUUCAGAGCGGGCUUUCUGCUAUUGAUGAAGAGUGUCUGGACUUUAUCAUUCAGCAAUUACUUUCGGUGGCAUUUAACUUCGAUUACAGUGAUGAAAUUGGAAGACGCGCCAUGUUAAUCGUUAUUAGAAAUACCUUGGCGAGUCAUAAAUUGAAGCCAAGUCAAGUUGAGAUUUGCUUGAAGGUGCUCGAAGUUCUUUCAAUUAAUGAGCGAGACUUUAUAACCAUGACUGUGGAGAUAAUUACGGACAUACGUGAUGAGGACAUCGAGAAACAAGAAGCUGAAGAGGCAAAGAAGAUGCCGUCAACAAAUUUCAAUGGCACUGAUGAAGAUGAGGAUGAUGUUGAAUCAUUCCAUUCGGCCGUUGAUGAUCUAGUGAACGGAAAUGAGACUCCUGAAGGGAACUCUCAGCUAUUAGUUCAGGAAAAGGAGGUGAGUCCUGAAGCAUUGUUAGCAUGUUUGACUAUGUCUCAGUACAUGCUGGAAUUAGUGAAUAGUCCGCUAAAUGAGAACAUUAUGAUAACCACUUUAAUUGAUACCCUCAUAACACCAGCUGUUAGAAAUACCCAACCAGAAGUUAGAGAGCUUGGAGUGCGGACGCUAGGUCUUUGCUGUCUUUUGGAUGUUGAUCUGGCUGCAGAAAGCCUCUACUUGUUAGGUAUGUGUGUUUCGAAAGGUGACGCAAGUUUGAAAAACACAGCAUUGAAGGUCAUUGUAGAUAUUUUCUCUAUACAUGGCACUAAGGUGGUAGACGGAGAGGGUAAAGUGGAUUCAAUAUCUCUACACAAGAUCUUCUACAAAACUCUUAAAAAUUGCGAACUUCCAAAUUGUCAAGCGACAGUGGCAGAGGGAUUAUGCAAGCUUUUCUUGGGGGACGUCUUCAUGGAUGACGAUUUAUUCGAAACACUUGUUCUAUCAUAUUUCUCUCCUGCGAACUCAAAGAACGAAGCAUUAGUUCAAGCCUUUGCAUUUUGUCUCCCCGUAUACUGCUUCUCUCAUGUGCGCCACCAGAGAAGAAUGGUUCGCGUUGCGGGAGAUGUGCUUCUAAGGUUAUCUGUGCUGUGGGAUGAUAUUCAAACGAAUGAAGAUGAAUCACUUCCUGCUUCCUCUAUGUUGAAGCCCAGUGUUAUCUUUCAAGAGUUGAUUGAAUGGACAGAUUCCACGAAACUAGUGAACAAGAGUUCUGAGCUCGACCAAAAAGAGGAUACUCAGCUCGAUUUCUUACUCAGUGUACUCAAAGUGUAUUACAAGCUUGAGAGAAAAGACCUGAAGAAAAUGAUUCUUACUAACAUUGGUAGGUUCAACUUCGAAGAUGACAACGUUUCAAAGUGGAGAGAGGCUCAUGACAUCCUGGAAGACAUUUUGGACAAUGAUGACAUUGAUUCAGCCACCAGAAACGCGGUUGGUAAAUUUACAUCACUCAUAAAGGACUUCCUAGCGACAAGAGAGGAAAGUGAACAAGACAUUACGAAAAAUGAGGCGAGCGAAGAUGAUGAGGAAACUUCCAAUAUUCUCCAUACCGGUGCCUCGACACAUUCCGACGGUAAUCCUCAAGCGGCAGAGUCAACAGAUAUCAUUGAUGGCAAUCAGCUCUCAGAUCUGCAUCUCCCAGGAGAAAAAACCGACAAUACUGAGGAGCAUCUAAGUUUGAGCAACAGGAAAAGGAAAAGACUUGAGGAAAGAGGUUGUUCAGAGAGACCUUCUGAUCCGGAAAGGAGCAGUAGAAUGGUAAGCUUCGUUCUUCCAGAGGAUCACAGUAUGUCUAGCGGGAGUUCUGAUGAUUGCAAAUCUGAUGACGAAUAUAAUGGCGAGUAA